AUGAGUCAUUCCCCCUUAAGCUGGUACUUCACUACUCAAGCUCUUCAACAACCACUUACCUCGGGACACUUAACAAUCAAGCAUCCCAACAUACAAGGCCCCCAAGGUACCUCACCACUUAAGUUCUUCAUCAACCAUUUCCCUUUCAAGACCUCGAUUAAACAUCCCAGCACCCAAGGCCCCAAGGUGCCUCACCAUGCGCCUCGCCUCUCAAGACUUUCAGCAAUUGGCAUCACAUCCCAACGUUCAAGGCCCCCAAGGUACCUCACCGCUCAAGCCCUUCAACUGCCACUCGUCUUUCAAGACCUUCAACAACUCGCCUUUCAAGACCUUCAACAAAUGAAGAUUUAA